AUGUCUGGAACUGCGGCGAACAGCGCAAAGAAGGCAUCAAAGAACGCCUACCGCCGAGCCAAGAAGAAGUCAAAGCGCGCCGAGACCCCAUCAGAAGCCGGUGACUCUGCGCGUGAGAGCGUAUCUCCUGCUCCAGACGACAAGGCAAAUAACGAUGAACAGGCGGUCCGGCCCGCGGAUCUGCUGGACGUGGACGAUAUCUCCAAUCAAUAUGACCUCGACAAUCCUCUCUUCGAGCAAUACAAGAACGUCUUCGAGAAAUUCCGGGAGCGCACUGAAGAGGAAACUGCGAAGGAGGACGACAAGCCAGAGAUCUUCUAUGAAGAGGAUGACAUUCCCGAUGAGGAGGACGACUCCACGCCGAAGAUCUCCAAGAAGGCCAGGAAGCAGAUGAACAAACUGUCGGUGGCUCAGCUGAAGUCGAUGGUCAAGAAGCCAGAACUGGUCGAGUGGACGGACGUGUCAUCUUCGGACCCGCGUUUGCUGGUAGAGAUCAAGGGCUACAAGAAUGUUGUCCCCGUCCCGAACCACUGGUCUCUCAAGCGCGAAUACUUAUCGUCUAAGCGCGGUAUUGAGAAGCCCCCGUUUGCAUUGCCAAAGUUCAUCCAAGAGACCGGCAUCUCAGAGAUGAGAGACGCCGUGCUAGAGAAGCAAGCCGAGAUGACGCUGAAGCAAAAGCAGCGCGAGCGCGUACAAGGCAAGAUUGGCAAGCUCGAUAUCGAUUAUGGCAAGCUUUACGACGCCUUCUUUCGCCGCCAGACAAAGCCCGAACUCACGCGCUACGGCGAGGUGUACUAUGAGGGCAAAGAACUCGAGACAAACUUGGUCCAUCUCAAGCCUGGUGUUUUGAGUGAGGAACUGAAGGAUGCCCUAGGUAUGGCGCCUGGACAUCCACCACCGUGGCUCAUCAAUCAGCAACGCUUCGGACCUCCGCCAUCGUACCCGAACCUGAAAAUCCCCGGUGUCAACGCCCCCAUACCUCCAGGCGCGUCAUGGGGCUUCACCCCAGGCCAGUGGGGCAGACCGCCAGUCGAUGACUCCACUCAUCGCCCAAUGUGGGGAGGAGAUCCUCUUGGCCAAGGCAUACUCCAGGAGCACCAGGCUCCCACGCAGCACGGCGAACCAGUGGAGCGGUCUAUCUGGGGUAUCUUGCGAGCUGAAGGGGAGAGUGAUGAGGAAGAGAGUGACGAAGAAGAGGAGGACGAGGAGGAAGAAGAGCAGGACGGCGCCGAGGAUGUGACAGGUAUCCAGACUUCCAUGACGACGGCUUCUGCUCUUCCGUCCGAGAUUGGGGGAACGGAAACCAUCGGUGGCGAGUUCACCUUGCGCAAACAGCGUAAAGGAAUCGAGACCGAAGAGCCUGGUGCCCCUCGUACCGCGUACCAGGUUCUGCCAGAGAAGAAUAUCCAGGCAUCAGGUUUCUUCGGCGGCGAACAUGCGUACGAUCUCGAUGCUGCCCGGCGCGACACGUUCGGCGACAGCAAUCAGCGAAAGCGUAAGGCUGGUGACAUUGAUGUCUCCGUUGAUGUGGAUGCUUUGGAGACUGAUAAGUUGGAUAAGGAGACAUUGAGGAAGCAAUACGAGGCACAGAGGAAGGCGGAGAUGCAGGGGCAGUGGCAGAGCAUUGAUCAAGAUGAUUUGUCUCAAAUGAUCGCCGACGAGUCUCGUAAGCGGCAGAAGAGGGAGGAGCGUAGUAGGCGCUGA